AUGGCGCUGCGGCGGGGCGGCGGCGGCGGCGGGGCGCCGGGGCGGCGGCCGCUGCCGCUGCUGCUGCUGCUGCUGGGCGCCGCGUGCCUGGUCCCGCCGAGCGCGCAGGUGAGGCGGCUGGCGCGCUGCCCCGCCACUUGCAGCUGCACCAAGGAGUCCGUCAUCUGCGUGGGCUCCUCCUGGGUGCCCAGGACCGUGCCGGGCGACAUCAGCUCCCUGAGCCUGGUAAAUGGAACGUUCUCGGAAAUCAAGGACCGAAUGUUUUCUCAUCUGCCUUCCCUGCAGCUGCUAUUGCUGAAUUCUAACUCAUUCACACUCAUCCGGGAUGAUGCUUUUGCUGGACUUUUUCAUCUUGAAUACCUGUUCAUUGAAGGGAACAAAAUAGAAACCAUUUCAAGAAACGCCUUCCGUGGCCUUCGCGACCUGACUCACCUUUCGUUGGCCAAUAACCACAUAAAAGCACUCCCAAGGGAUGUCUUCAGUGAUUUAGACUCUCUGAUUGAACUAGAUUUAAGGGGCAAUAAGUUUGAAUGUGACUGCAAAGCCAAGUGGCUGUAUCUGUGGUUGAAGAUGACAAAUUCCACUGUUUCUGAUGUCCUGUGCAUUGGUCCACCAGAAUAUCAGGAAAAGAAGCUGAAUGAUGUGACCAGCUUUGACUACGAAUGCACAACUACAGAUUUUGUUGUUCAUCAGACGCUGCCCUACCAGUCGGUUUCGGUGGAUACGUUCAACUCCAAGAAUGAUGUGUACGUGGCCAUCGCUCAGCCCAGCAUGGAGAACUGCAUGGUGCUGGAGUGGGACCACAUCGAAAUGAACUUCCGGAGCUAUGACAAUAUUACAGGUCAGUCCAUCGUGGGCUGUAAGGCCAUCCUCAUCGAGGACCAGGUCUUUGUGGUGGUGGCCCAGCUCUUUGGCGGCUCUCACAUUUACAGAUAUGACGAGAGCUGGACCAAGUUUGUCAAAUUCCAGGACAUAGAAGUCUCUCGAAUUUCCAAGCCCAACGAUAUCGAGCUGUUUCAGAUCGAGGAUGAGACGUUCUUUGUCAUCGCAGACAGCUCCAAAGCUGGUCUGUCAACCGUGUAUAAAUGGAACAGCAAAGGAUUCUACUCGUACCAGUCUUUGCACGAGUGGUUCAGGGACACGGAUGCCGAGUUUGUUGAUAUAGACGGAAAAUCACACCUGAUCCUAUCCAGCCGCUCCCAGGUCCCCAUCAUCCUCCAGUGGAAUAAAAGCUCUAAAAAGUUCGUCCCCCACAGCGACAUCCCCAACAUGGAGGACGUGCUGGCUGUGAAGAGCUUCAGGAUGCAGAACGCCCUCUACCUUUCCCUCACCCGCUUCAUCGGGGACUCCAGGGUCAUGAUUUGGAACAGUAAGCAGUUUGUGGAGAUCCAGGCUCUCCCAUCCCGGGGCGCCAUGACCCUGCAGCCCUUUUCUUUUAAAGAGAAUCACUACCUGGCCCUGGGGAGUGACUAUACGUUCUCCCAGAUAUACCAGUGGGAUAAAGAGAAGCAGCUCUUCAAAAAAUUUAAGGAGAUUUACGUGCAGGCACCUCGUUCCUUCACAGCCGUCUCCACUGACAGGAGAGAUUUCUUUUUUGCAUCCAGUUUCAAAGGGAAAACAAAGAUUUUUGAACACAUAGUUGUCGACUUAAGUUUGUGAAGUUGUGAUUGGUGAAUUUAAAAGAUGCGUAGCUUUAGCUAUCACAGGAGAGGACUGAGAGGAAAAAAAAAAAAAGCCAGGUUCACAGGUCUGAAAUUACAAAUGCACUGGGGAAAUAGUUAGAAGUUUUCAAACUUUUAGAACUCAUAUUUUAAUCAGGGAUUGCAUUUAUUGGCUAACUGCAUGACACGUCCAUUCUCCCACUUAAAAAGACAUCUUAAAGCCUGUAAUUACUGAGAAAAGAGUACAGCAUUAACUCUUACCAUCUAGGGAAAUAAGGCGAUCUUUUUUUUCUUUUAAUGAGGAAGGAGAAAAUCGGAUAAGAUGGAACAGCUCUUAUAAUGAAAUAAAAACAAAGACCAAGCACAGUACGGGCCCUUCUCAUUCCAUUUUAGCCAUCUAGUGGGUAAGAACGCUUAAAGCCAAGGUCAGCUGAAAAGAUUUGCUGAUGGUUCGUUUAAACAUCGGAUGACACUCAGCAAUGCUAUUCUGAGCCUUCCCUGUUUCCUGAAUCCCCCCCAAUGGCAGAGCCUAGGCUCAGAUAGAUGGCUGUUCUUCAUGGGUGUGUUACCAAAAUCACACUUAACAUUGCUUCCUCUGCUACAGCGAAGAUAUUCUGCUGAUCACGGGCUGUGGACCCAGGAGUGAGACAAAGGAGUUUCCCCCUCAUCUUGUGGUUCACAGCUGACCCCCACGGUGGCUAGAGCAGUUGCACUUGUUUGAUGCUCUGCAUGACUCAUCUGCUUCUCUGGACCCAUCCUUUGAGGUUGUGGGUAACCCGCAGACAGGCCAAAGACUGAAUGGUGCUUUUUAUUCUCUCCUUUAGAGCCAUAGGACAGGUAUUUUCAUCUGAGGAGCAUUUGGUAGAAUUUUCGAAGUGAGGUUUUGUGGAGUCAAAGAGGGCUUGGUACAAGUCUCGAUGUUCUCUGCAACCCAGAGAUGAUUCUGUGAUGGACGUGUGCCUUUGUCGUCUGGGCAACUAAAUAUUUCAAGUAACGGAAUGCCAGCCUACCAACCUGCCCAUCUGCGUACCUCCCUACUCAUGUCACAUGUGUCGAUUUGCUGACACCACUGCUGCCAGCCUGGUCCGUCCGAAGGUACUGCGGCACCAAAUUGCAGAACCUGGGGUAUUUGUGGCAGCAGUGCCCCUUCCUCUCCCAGCACGUGAGCAGGGGAAACCCACGCCCUUACACAGCGUCACCUGCUGGCAGGGCCUCUUCCUGUACAGGCUGGGGCAGGGGGGUAGGGUGGGGUAGGUCUCAGGCUGAUCCAGAGGGACCAGAUUUGGAGCCAAGACAUACUGGAUCCCCGUCCACACUCGGGGGACCAGGUGGCCUCCCUGGUGUGGACCAUUUGGGAAGCUCAUGGGAUCUGGUUUUGUGGAAGGUUCUGGGUGGAUAGUCUGCCUGGGUAGCCAGUUCUCUUCAGAGAAUAUGAAAUGAAUACUUUCAGGAGUGGCUCUCAAAGCGUAACUCAACAAGUUCUCUUGUGGCUGUGAAAGUAGCCCAGUCAUCUGGUACUGCAUUGCUAUUUUUUAAUGAUAGUUUGCCAAGUCAUGAGGAGGUAGAUGUUUUGUCACAAAUAUGAAUGUGUGUGUUGUUUCCCGACUUUGAGGAAUGCAGAUCGAGGCAAUAAAUAGCACAUAGAGAACGACACAGCCGUGUCACCGCAGCACGCGGGGACAUUCUGGGACUGCGGGCUCAGGGCUUCCAGCCGAGCUAGCUCACCCACACAUAGUAGCACUGCAGCUCGAAACUCUCCUAGUAAGCACGGAGCAAACAAGAAAAAAAGUGGCUUCUUUUCAUUUUUAAGCACAAAUCACUCUUUCUUCCAUGUUCUUUCGCCUUCCUGGUUUAUUUGAAUACCAGACCCUCGCAUGGGAGGUUGACGUGCCUUUCCUCGGCUGUCAAGCGGACAAGCUAUGCUUUCUGGGCCAUGGAGCCCCUCCCGCAGGUCUGGGUGGAAAAACGCGCACUUGGCAAGGAGUGUAGGAGACACUUAGACUGUCCCAGCGCUUGUGUCAGGUCGAAAUGCGGUGCCCGAUGCCAGCCACUCAUAGAGGAGGCAAUGGGGCAUCCUUUUCCAGCACUACCUCCACAGAGCAGAGACCACCUCCCAGCCUCACCUCUGAGGGUGGAGUUAGGGAGUUGGGGAACUCUCUGUUCUCACCCCUCUGGGAACCACUGCCUGGAAUCUGGAAAGCCAGGAAGCAGAGGGGGCGGGGCUGGGAGUGAGGGGACUUGCUAAGAACAGAUGAGACAGUGGAGCCUGAAAGGAAGCUCUAAAGCAACUGGGGUUGGGGAGGGCUGUGGGGAUGAGGGUGAGAAACCCACUCAGCCGCAAUCAGUUUUUCUUUUUAACAAAUUGUAGACAAGAUCGGAGUCUGCAGUCUACAGAGUUCCUGUGCUGAGGGAGGAGGUAUUUGUUCUGGCCAACUUACCAAAACAGCAUAGAUGUUCUUGGCGGGAAGCUGUGGAAGCUUUGCUUCGUUAAUCUUACUGCUCCGUCCCAAGAACCCCAAGAAUCAAUUUCUGCAAGAAGCUUUCUUCCAGUAAUGAUGGAAGACAAAAAACCAGCCACACAAAAAAACCCCAAACAACAACAACAAAAACCCAAAGCAGAGAGAUGUGUGGGCCCAGCCCCUGAGGCCCUGACCUUGGGCGAGGCUGCCCUUUGCAUCUCCGUUCCUUCCCGGCACCCACUGCUUGAUCAUCUUCUCAGUUUAUUUCUUCUUUAUAAUCUCAAUGUCCAGGCUCCCAGAUCAAGUCCCUCCUCAUGGCCAUGUGGCCAAGCCACACAGCCUUAAGUCGAGGACUUGUCCCCAAACUCCCUGGGGUCAGGAGUAGAUCUCUCACAAACACUCUAAAAACAAGCCUUAGGUGUGAGUAGCACUGUGUUCUCAGGCAGUGGUUAAUAAGACCACCCUGCAUUUUGGCCAAACUUUAUAUGUUUUCAGUGUACAUUUGUAUUCAGUUCAUAAGUGGUUCUUCAGUUUUUGAAGGCAUACUGGAGGACAGAUAUUAUUCUAAUUUCAGAGAGAAGGAAGCAGACACAGAAAACCUUAAGUCAGCCGCUCAAGAUUAUCCAGUUAAGAGUGGCAGAGUUAGAGCUUUCGCUCUGGACAACAGGCUUUGUAUUUUCUUUCUGUGACGCUGCCAUGCCCUCCCAGUAAAGACUGUUUAUCACAAUUUUGAAUAUAGCAGCACCUUGAGAGAAAACAAAAAAUGCAACAAAAUGUGCACAGACAGAGGGAAAACCAUGCUGAACCCCCACCAUUCCAUCCAUCGGUCCAUUUAACAACGAAACACUACAGAACUGCUAUUACAUGCAAGACCCUCUUAAAAGCCUGCGAGAAGUUACAGAUAAUUUUCUGCGCUAAGGAGGGUUUUUAGCUAGCAGGAUAGUUUCUCCCCCCACCUCUUCCCCAGACAGCUGUGGGAGGGAUGUUAAAGUCGAGACACAUCUGGUUCUUGUCACAAUGUCCACAAGAUAAACAAGAAGAGUUCCAUGAGGGAAACUAAAACCUCCAACGCACGAGUGAUGAUGAAUUGCUCCCGGGCCGUAAUCAGCCUUUGGGGAGCACGCUAGAAAUGGCAGUGUUGCGUUUUUCUUCCCCGUGGAGUGAGAGGCUGUGUAUUUUUAGGCAAGAAAUCAGCGUGGGAUGCUGGAGGUUUGGCUGCAAGGAACAGUCAUGAUGGAAAUUUCUCCGACCUGGGGUAUAAUGACAGAGAGAUGAAGGUCUGCGGGAGGGGAGUCUAUUUGCAUGCCAUCUAAAGAAAAUCUCCUUAGCCAGCUUCCCAGUUCUUCUGCAGAGGUAUCAGCCCCUCGCUCGCAGUUUUGGAAGAAAAGGCUUUAAUUAGGCAGUGGUCAAAAAUCCUGUUAAACAGCGUUCUGGAGUGGAAUGCUAUCAUCUAGAUGUUGAUGCAGUGAACAAGGUGGUCCAGACUUGGGGGGAUAAUGGAAUGGGCAGAAAAGCAGGGCGGGUGACUGGGGAGAAAACUCUUUGGGGAAAGUAGAAAUAAAUUGGAAGAAAAGAAAAAGUAAUAAUAGUUGCCUUUGCCUCAGCCAAGGAAGAGGAGCGUGGAAAGACCAGGCAAACUUAACAGCAUCCUGAUUAUUAAUGAAGGGAACCAAGUGUAAUGCAAUUUAAAAUAAGACUUAUGUCGUAAAGCUACUGGGAUCUACACUGAGGCACUCUUAUCCUGACAUCAUUCCAUUGCUUGUAUCAGAAUCUACCUUUUUUUCUAGUAGGAAACUAUGCAUUCCCUAUCAAUCCCUUGACUAUCAGGAAUGUAUAAGACCUGUGAUAAAAUUGGCCAAUAUGCCAUUUGGUACCAUUUUUUUAUGUAUUUUAAAUGCAUAACUGAGGUCAAAUAAGAAUAGUUUAUAUGUAUAUGAAAGCAAAUUUUGCAAUCUACAAUACAAUGCAAGCUACCAUGGAUGAAUUUUAAGUCUGAAUAUAUAUUUAGCUCCUUUCGGUAAAUAAACUUAACAGAUGACAUGCCUCUUAAUUCCAUAUAUUCUGUAAGUCUAUGAAU